AUGGUUGAUAGUGGUGUCCCCCAGGGUUCAGUACUGGGACCCAUUUUGUUCCUUAUCUACGUGGACGAUGCCGCAAGAGAUUUAGACUGUGAAGUAGCAAUGUUCGCGGAUGACAUGAAGAUAUGGAGUGUAAUUCGGGGUCCUGCCGAUGAAGACAGACUGCAGAUGAACCUGAAUCGGUUGGAGGAGUGGUCAAAUCGUUGACUCCUGCGGUUCAACAUUGCCAAAUGUAGCAUACUUCGCCAAGGCAACAUAGCCAGAUCCGCCAGCACAAGAGGCUACUUUCUGGGCGGUGCAGCCCUACAAGAGGUCGAAGCCCAAAAGGACCUCGGUGUGCUUACGACGAGUUCCCUAAAACCAUCCGCUCACUGUUCGAGGGUGGCAAAAACCGCAAUGACCGAACCGUACGCCAUCAAGCGUGCGUUUAUGGACUUUGACGAAGAUGCUUUCCCUAAGACAUUCGGAACAUUCGUCCGGCCGCAUUUAGAGUACGGCAUACAAGCUUGGAGGCCGUGGACUGUUGUGGAUCAAAACUGCCUCCAAAGAGUCCAGAGGAGAGCCACGAAGAUGGUCAGGGGUCAAAGCUCCUUUCCUUAUGCGACCCGCCUAGUAAAUCUGAACCUCUUUCCUUUGAGUUACAGGCAACUUCGCGGAGAUCUCUUGCAAGCCUUCCGUAUUGUAAAGGGGUUGAAUUGCAGUCUGGCCUUCGAGGACUUUUUUGAAUUUGCUACCACGACCAACCUCCGAGGUCACCCGUUAAGACUGCGCACUCAGCAGGCACGGCUGGAUGUGCGGAAGUUCUCCUUCUCGGUUCGGGUGGUCAAACCGUGGAAUGAGCUUCCCGCAGAUGUUGUGAUGUCACCAUCUAUACAAAGUUUUGAGAAGAAUCUGGACAUAUUUAUGUUCCGAAAUGACCAAGGGCGAUGAGUAGAGCUCACCCCCUGUAACUCCUUCUCAUUUUGUCCCACAAUUAUGGGACAGAACAUCUAUCUGUACACCACACAUUUUUUACGUUGCAAAUAGGGUACUCAAAGACUUACGCCUAUUUCCCUCAAUAAACUGAACUGAACUGAACUGAACGACCGGGUUUAUCCUCCGAAAUUUUAAAACUAGGGAAAUUAGAAUGCGCCUUUACAACAUGUACGUUAGACCUGGUCUGGAAUACUGUUCGUUUUCAUUUAGCCUCAUGCGUGCUCUUGAGCGGGAGAAAAUAGAAUCCGUUCAACACUUUUUUACCAUGAGAAUUUUAACCCCCGAACACCGACAUUUGUCUUACCAAGAACGUUACCGGCUUACGGGCCUUGAUCAUUUAUGGUUCCGCAGAUUACAAAGGGGACUAUUUUUGCUAUUUAAACUCUUAUAUAAUCACACAUUUACCCCACUCACUUCUUUAAGACAUCAUAUCCACCGUCGACGUAACAGUCACCACGAGGUAUUUUUAUUUCGGACUCUGGCACGUACUGUUAAAUAUCGUCGGUUCUUUUCUGUAAAUGCAAUUUCUAUUUGGAAUAAACUACCCAUGAGAGUGAAAACUCUGCAAAAUUAUCCUUUAUUUAAGAGAACUAUUACUCGAUUUUUGCAUUCAGAAAAGCUUCCUCAAAUUUUGGGUUCUGAAUCCACUGAUCGACUCUACCGUAGCGAUGGCGUUUGUGGUCUCGGAACACUAUGUCCGGUCUCACCAGCUGUUCCUCAACGCGUCUACUUUGACUAUGCCCAACUUCAUGAAAGGAAGUGACGUCCGACGAUCUCCGAUACCGUGCAGCCCCCUCCCCUCCCCCUUCUUGACGGUCGAAAAUCUACCACCAGCAGUUUUUUUCUCCUUAACCCUCCAAACCAUAAAAACCAACACAACUAUAUUUUUAUUCUUCAGGAGUUUUUUUUCACUGCUGGUCGGAUUUGUGUUUAAUCGCUUCCCUUGACAAUGCCUGUAAACUGGCAUUUAAUAAAUUAAAUUUAACUUGAUUUACUAUUUGUUCUCCAGCAUAAAUUUGAGAGGGCGAGGUGGUUGUGCUACUGUCCUGUCUUCACUCCUUUUUCCUAUCCGGAAUGCUUUCAGAACCUUUAUUUCCAUGUCUGCCUGGAGUAACUGUUUUAGUAGACCAUGAAAAGGAGCAAGGUCCUACGAGACACGGUCUUCAGGUCUGACUGCAUUCGAUUCUGACAAACCCUGAAUAACCAGACACUGCUGGCGAGCAUGGUCCUCCGUACUCUGUCUUUCCGAUGAAUGCGCUGCAUGUGGGCGAGGACGAUUUACGGAGUCGUCGUUUGGACGCACACUUUAACUGUCUACCGACUGUUCCAAACAACCCAUCAGGUCUGGUUGUGACUUCAGACUCCUAUCAUGGCGUUCCUUGCUCCCAUCUACCUACGGGUUCAUGUCUUCGCAUUCAGAUACGUGCUCUGUAGUGCGCUCGGGGUGGUUGCCAGAACAAGAGGGCAACAGUAGACUGGAUGACCCAGGUAUAUAGUCUCCGGGCAGAACAGAAAUCCCAUCACUUACAGCAAGAGGCUUAGGUGACAUGGAUUCCGCGAUAGGUAAUUUUUUGCGACAUCGCUUAAGACAUCAUGCGUGGGAAUCGAGUCUGCCCUUAUUGGCGGCUUCGUUUUCGUUGUCCUGCUGUUACCGGCGUCUGCGAUUUUGGCUUCUGAGUUUCAAAUUGCGUUUCAAGAUGCCCCGAGGAGAUGUUUGUUCGCGUAUUUUGUGCCCUGCUCUUCGUUUCUGGGACUCUAACACUGGACACUUUCUGGUCGUCUAGGGUCUAUUUCACGAGCGUCCUUAAAUCAGUAAGCUCCUUUUCGAGUUGUUCUACUUUGAUUUGGAUAUCUGCGCACCCAGCACAAGGCUCGUCUUCGUACCUCACACUUUUUGCGGUAAUUACGCUUUUUGCACGCUUUGCUUGUCGUUGGCUGGGAGCGCAGGUAGAGCGAACACAGGUUCUGGAUGCGAAGGACAACUCACCGGACUUAUCUUCCAACGAGGUGCCGUCGAUGACCGUACUAUUACAAUUAGUUUGCUGCGACUCCAUAAACUUCGACGUGAUAUAAUAGGUAUAAUUCCGCUUUCGAUGUUAUAACGAAUACGUCGGCUUAUAUAUGAUGAAUUAAAGUGAGUAUUCAAAACUCAAUAAGUGAAAAAAUACUUAAAAUCCGAUAAAUUUUGUUGAAUUUAAUCAGAAGCGACUUAGCACUUUGCAGAUCUCGUGGGACUUGAAUAACUGCAGACCUUGAAGGAUUUUGAGCGAUUGGUUUUCUAGGCUGUAUACCGUGAAUCGGUUGCGUAGCCAGUUGCGUUGUCAGUUGCACUCUGCUGAAAAACAAAUUGCACUUAAUCCAGGUUCCAGGCGAAUUUCGAUGCGUGAGAAAAUAUUCCAAAACUGCGCAAAGCAAUUCUGUACAUGCGAUUCCAGUAACAAUGUAAGGGACGGUAACUGUGAAAUGGUAACCAAGUCGAAAUAGUCCCAGGUGGAGUGCUGAAUAAUUCCGUCGUGCCCAUUCGGUCCCUCGACAAUGAUGUGUAUGGGCAUAUUUUUUAGGCUACCGGCUAAUAAUCCAAGGCAAAAAGUUCCCACAAACACACUUUGGGAUCUAUUCAUGCCGAGAAGUUUGUGCAUGUCAGCCGGAAGUAUGUGCGUAUUAUGGCUCCUCCGAAGAAGUAUGACAAUUAAUGACUGUAUUUAAUUCAGUAUGGAAGCAUAUAUGCGAAUCCCAGGUUCUUGUUGUAAAGAAGAUGAAGAUCCGAUCACUGGGACAGUGGGUUUAUUAGUCUGAGCUUUCGGUCUCGUACAGGAGGCCAUCGUCAGAGACUGUGAGAAGGCAACAUCAAAUGAGCGGUUUUUGUAGUCACGCCAUGAAGGGGGGGGAGAUAUGAGUGCAUCGGGUGGCAUUAUCGAUAGGUUGCGUCCCACGCCGUCCCACGGUGGCGUGACUGCGUGCACCCUUGGCAGGAAAUUGUGUCUCGCCCCUUGACCGCGGGAACGGAGCGCGUGAUAGCAGAAGGGUAUUACAACGUGCCUGUUGAUAGAGUUGGUGCCAGACACACAGGCAUUUAACAGUUCACGUCCUGUCUUAUUGCUAGCCCGCGCCACUAUCCGCGUGCUCGCAAAGUUGAAUUCGUGGCCCACCUACAGGGUGUGAGUGGCGAACUAGACGACCAACAGUCCUACAAGUCCACGCCUCCCUCGCGAGCCAAAUCGAUGAUUGGUCAACUAACUGGACUCCUGAACCGACUCAAGCGAAACAGUGCUAUAUCGCUAGACGAAUGGCGACAGAUGAAACCAACGGACACGGUACUAGCCCGGUUUUAUGGAUUACCCAAAAUCCACAAGCCCAAUGUUCCCCUUCGACCGAUCGUUGCUUUGAAAGGCAGCCCCACUUACAAUCUGUCCAAGUGGAUGGCCCGAAAACUUAACUUUCUCCGAGAGGGCUCAAGGACCUCCAUCAAUUCGGCCUCCCAAUUCCUGGCCGACAUCCGAGGAAAAGUUGUCCGACCGGAGCAGAUUAUGGUGUCCUUUGACGUGGUUUCAUUAUUCACGUCCAUCCCACCGGACCUGGCACGCGACGUUCUUCGCAAACGACUCGAAGAGAAUUACGACGAGACGAACAAACCCCUAAAAAUUGACCACUUACUGCAAAUGUUUGCUUUCUGCCAACAAACCUUCUUCACCUUCAAUGGCAGAACAUACGAGCAGAUCAAAGGAACGCCGAUGGGUUCGCCAAUAUCCAGCCUGGUUGCAGAACUAGUCCUGCAGGAACUGGAAAAAGUCGCCUUCGACCACUAUGAACCUGCAUUUUGGCGCCGGUUCGUGGACGACACGUUCGUCAUAAUUGAAAGGAGAAGACUGGCCGACUUCCAAGACCUGCUCAACGGCAUCUUCCCAGACAUUCAGUUCACAAGGGAAGUAGAGCAUGCUGAACAGCUGCCUUUUCUUGACGUUCUCAUCACACGCACACCCAACGGCGAACUCAACACCACGGUGUACAGAAAGGCGACUAACACGACUCAGAUUCUCAACUACCACAGUAACCACCCAAUGGCGCAUAAACGCAGCUGUGUUAGGACACUCUUCCAGAGGGUAAAAACGCACUGCAGUGAACCAGAGGGACGAGUACGAGAACGUCGGCAUCUUCGGGACCAACUGGCAAGGAAUGGAUACCCGAACAGCUUCGUCAGCCGCUGCCUCCGCACGCGCCCACGGCGAACAAACGGAGGAGAGCCGCCAACACUCUGGCACCCUCUGCCAUAUAUAAAGAACGUAUCCGAAGCGAUGGAACGUAUUGCUGGAGAGCUCGGCGUGGGUAUUGCUCACCGUCCGACAGCGACCAUGCGCAGCAAAAUCAUGCAAGUGAAGGAUCGCCUAGACGUGGGUGAACAAUCGGGCGUCGUCUAUCAGAUCCCAUGUCGGGACUGCCCUCGCCACUACACAGGACAAACCGGACGACGGCUUAGCUCACGAAUAACGAAGCACAAACGCGCGGUCCGGAGAGGCGACCCGUUGUCUCAGAUCGCCACUCACACCCUGGAGGAGGGCCACGAAUUCAACUUUGCGAGCACGCGGAUAGUGGCGCGGGCUAGCAAUAAGACAGGACGUGAACUGUUAGAGGCCUGGGUGUCUAGCACCAACUCUAUCAAAAGGCACGUUGAAAUACCCCCCUGCUAUCACGCGCUCCGUUCCCCGCGGCCAAGGGGCGAGACCCAAUUUCCAGCCAAGGGUGCACGCAGUCACGCCAACGUGAGACGGCGUGGGACGCAACUUAUCGAGAAUACCACCCGCUGCACUCAUAUCUCCCCCCCCCGUUCAUGGCGUGACUACAAAAACCGCUCAUUUGAUGUUGCCUUCUCACAGUCUCUGACGAUGGCCUCCUGUACGAGACCGAAAGCUCAGACUAAUCAACCCACUGUCCCAGAGAUCGGAUCUUCAUCUUCUUUAAUUCAGUAUAAUUGA